AACAGCCACCCAUCACCUUGGGUGACCAGCACGUGACCGGGGUGUCUCCCACAAUUCACCUGUCUGAAAAACUUGAAAUUUACCUCACAAGGUCACCACACCGUCACCGUUGCACAACGCAGCAGGUUUUUAAAAUCUUCGCGGAGCUGACAUGGACUUCAUGGCAGGUAUCGCUGAUGCGAUAUGGACCCAUCAUCAGAUGUAUCGAGCAACUACAACAGCAGCACCACCAAGUACACCAUCAGCAUCAACAGCAUCAUCACCAACAGCAACAGUACCAACAGCACCAUCAGCACCAACAGCAAGAGCACCAGUACCAACAGCAGCACCAGGAGCACCAGGAGCACCAGCAGCACCAGCAGCACCAGCAGCACCUGGAGCACCGGCACCAAGAGCACCAGUACCAACAGCAGCACCAGGAGCACCAGCACCAACAGCAGCACCAGGAGCACCAGCACCAACAGCAGCACCAGGAGCACCAGUACCAACAGCAGCACCAGGAGCACCAGCACCAACAGGAGCACCAGCAGCACCUGGAGCACCGGCACCAAGAGCAGCACCAGGAGCACCAGCACCAACAGCAGCACCAGGAGCACCAGCACCAACACCAGCACCAACAGCAGCACCAAGAGCACCAGCACCAACAGCAGCACCAAGAGCACCAGCACCAACAGCAGCACCAAGAGCACCAGCACCAACAGCAGCACCAAGAGCACCAGCACCAUCAGCACCAAGAGCAGCAGCGCCUGGAGCACCAGGAGCACCAUCAGCAGCACCAGGAGCACCAGGAGCACCAGUGCCUGAGCCCAGGAUCUUCGCCUUUGUAGAAAACACACGAGCAGAACAAACCGUGCGGACCGUCGAGAGGAUGGCCAACUACUUCCACGAAAACAAGGCGGAAAUACGCCAGGAGAUCAACGAAGCCCGGCUGGCAAACUAUGACGAGCUAGUCUACAUUCGCCAAAUCCUUUCGCACCUGAUCGUGACCUACAACGACGCUAACCUUCGGCUGCUCAGUGUUCACCUCCCGAGUAGCUGUCCGGGUAUGAGACUUUUUGUGGAGAGGGAGAUUCAGCAGCUGUCUAAUUUCAUCCUUCAGAAGCAAAACGCCCUGCGCGAGGAGUACCAACGUCAACAAAGAAUGGCAGAAAAUAGGUACAUUCUUGAUUAUUUGGAUGACGCUUUAGGGCCAACAAAUGGUGCGACAUAUGCGACCAUGGUACGGUUUGUUCCUGUGCAUGAUUUAAGGAAUAUUCCAACGGCGAACCCUACUCAGACCCCCGCUACUAGCCAUAUUGAUGCUUUAGCUGAUAUUUUCGCGAUAGCACUAGAUGAACCCAUCACAGCUGGUGGUGCGUGGGUUACACCUCAACGGCCAACUCAAGCUUCUAACGUGAAUGGCCAUUCGGCUCCUAGGCCACCUACUCAAGCUUCCAACGUAAAUGGCCAUUCAGCACCUUGGCCACCUACUCACGCUUCCAACGUAAAUGGCCAAUCAGCUCCUAGGCUAACUCCUGCUGAAACUAUGCAUGUCGUCUCAAUUCUCGAACAAUGUUACAAUGAAUUUAGCAAUGUCCAUUCAGCGUCUCAGCCAUCUCGAAUUGAAGCUCCAAACGUUAAUGUCCAUUCAGCUCAACCCCAAACAUCAACUGAAGCUAGAAAUGUCUAUUCAGCUCAACCCCAAACAUCAACUGAAGCUAGAAAUGUCCAUUCAGCUCAACCCCAAACAUCAACUGAAGCUAGAAAUGUCCAUUCAGCUCAACCCCAAACAUCAACUGAAGCUAGAAAUGUCCAUUCAGUUCAACCCCAAACACCUACUGAAGCUAGACAUGUCCAUUCAGCUCAACCCCAAACAUCAACUGAAGCUAGAAAUGUCCAUUCAGCUCAACCCCAAACAUCAACUGAAGCUAGAAAUGUCCAUUCAGCUCAACCCCAAACACCAACUGAAGCUAGAAAUGUCCAUUCAGCUCAACCCCAAACACCUACUGAAGCUAGAAAUGUCCAUUCAGCUCAACCCCAAACACCUACUGAAGCUAGAAAUGUCCAUUCAGCUCAUCAGCUGUGCCAUAGCGAAGCCGCCAGUAAAAAGCCUCCUAGACAUCCUCUGGAGGCUGGAACAUUAAAUCAGACAAGCGAGACGUACAGAACGUUCUCGCGCCGUCUGGAAUCUUCACGUCGAGGCGGGUACUGUAGCCGGGGUGAGAUCGAAUACACAGUCCCAGACUGCACACAGCUCGCCUGCCGCAGGGAGAACUUCUUCACAAGAUACUUUGUCUGCUCCAAAAAGUUCAAAUACCGCCUCAAGUUUUGUUUCAACACCCAAGGUCUGCUUCAAGUCAGCAUCUUGGUCUCUGAACUUUCCCAGGCCAACAUCCAGUGGCCCGUGAAAAUCUUUGGACAUGGUCUUAUCUUCAACCACGUCUCUAGAACCUACACCCAUCUGUGGGAUCUCAAGCCUCAGGAUUGUCAAAAGCCGGAAGCCGGAUCGGAAGUUGACGUGCCGGUGCCGGUGUGUCUGGAGACCAGACGCGGGACUCAUGAAGUGAACUUCAAGAAACUGGUGGACGGCAAGUAUGUGACGGACAACAUGCUGGUGGUCAAGUGGUACCUUGGGUGUAGCAAGAGCAGGCCAUAACUUGCAUCUUGCCCAAAUACAGGCCAUAACUUGCAUCUUGCUCAAAUACAGGCCAUAACUUGCAUCUUGCUCAAAUACAGGCCAUAACUUGCAUCUUGCUCAAAUACAGGCCAUAACUUGCAUCUAGCUUAAAUACAGGCCAUAACUUGCAUCUUGCUCAAAUACAGGCCAUAACUUGCAUCUUGCUCAAAUAAAAACUGAAAAAAAAAACUUUUUACAUAAUCAAAACUGAAAGAGACUAAAAUACCCAUUUACCAAUGUACAUAUUUUUAAAAUUUUACUUGUAUACACAUUUUAAACUUUUAUUUUUUUUAAUUUGUCAGUUGUCGUCGCUAGUUGUAUCACUGUUUUUGUCUACCGUUCUGGUCAAAAAUUAGGUUGUGGUUGUAAUAUUGUCAUUUACUUAGUCAACUGGAAACUUCCAAAGUACAUGUGUAAAUUUUUAAAAUGUAAAUACAUCACUUU